AAGUGAUUGUGUACACACACACACACACACAGAGAGAGAGAGAGAGAGAGAGAGAGAGAGAGAGAGAGAGAGAGAGAGAGAGAGAUGGCAAAAUUCUCUUUAAUCUUAUUUUCUCUCGGUAUCUUCAUCUCAGUUACAAAAAUCGCUUCUCAGGGAGGGCAGGGGUCGCAGUGCUGGGAGCUGGGCCUCGAGAACGGGACUCUUGGGAUCAAGGUGGAAGGAAGAGUUGUGGAGAUCAGAUGUGGAGAAAUCGUGAUUUGGUUUGACACAGUUGCCACGUGGUGUGUAACACAGCGAGGGAACACACCUGCCCCCUCCUGUAUUACGCGUGGGUGUCCCUCCCUGACCCCUCCAAGACACGGCGAACUGGCUUACCAUCACAGAGAGAGCGUGGUGAAGGUAACCUGUGACCCGGGCUACACUCUGACGACGGGUUACGAUACCAUUGCUUGUGACUCAGGUGUAUGGAACGCCACGGUGCCCGCUUGUCAAGGGCCGCGGUCGAGGUGUGGUGAGCUGAGCCUGGAGAACGGGAAGGUUAGGAUCAGUAGAAGAGGGAGAGUGGCGAAGUUUAGAUGCAGAAAAGGCUUCAUUCGGUUUGACGGGGACAGAUUCGCAACGUGUGUCCGGCAGCGAUGGAACGGACGUAUCCCCAAGUGUGUUAGGUACGGGUGUCCCUCCCUGACCCCCCCAAGACACGGUGACCUGGCUUACGAGUACAAUCAGGCCAUGGUGAGGGUGACCUGUGACCCGGGCUACAGUCUGAAGGGUCAAGACAUCAUUCUUUGUAACUCACGUGUAUGGAACGCCACGGUGCCCGCUUGUCAAGCCUCCUACACCUCCCCUCCCGUGGCGUGCACCUUUGAGAGAGAGACGUGUGGGUGGACCAACUCUCCGGACAACCAUUUCUUUUGGGAGUUGAAGUCCGCGGCUUUGCUUCAUCUCUCUGACCAAAACAACUCCCCCGUCACCGACCACACGCUGGGGACCGCUAUUGGCCAGUUCAUGUCAGCGUCAACCGGCCCUGGGGGAGCCAGUGACGGAGAGGGAAAGCGCGCCACUCUCUAUUCCCCCGUGUUUAAAGCCGCCCGCAGAGGAGUCGCCUGUUUCAACUUCUUUUACCACAUCUACGGGGGACGAGGCACGGGCGAGCUGCGGGUGUAUUUCAAGCCACAAGACACAAGCAUUGAGUUUGUGGCGCCAGAUUUUCAGACCAGCAGUCGGUCACACGCCAGCUGGGUCAGACAGAGACUAGUCUUUACUAAUGUGACGCAGCCGUUUCAGAUAGUGAUUGAGUCAGAGGGAGGCAUCGUGGCAAUAGACGAUGUGAUGGUGAACUAUGAUGUACUCUGCAUUAUACCCACCUGUUCACCGUAGAAUGACCGCUGGAUUUCAAACGCCCUGGGGGGGGGGAAGCUAAUGUAGGAUAUUCCUGUGUAUCCCUGAGAGUGGCUGGGUGUAGGAGAUGGUCAGUGAGGCUGUACAAGUCAUGUUGAGAGUGUAGACCAAGAGAGGAAGGUAACCUCUUGGGUCACGAUUCCUCUGCUCAUCACUCAUCCUUCGUGUCACCCAUCAUGAUCGUUUAUGGUUUAAGGACCAAAUGACCAACGUGUUCACUCCAUGCUGGAAUUCACCAUGCUUGGAGAAACACUUAGUGAUAACGUUCCUUGUUAGGAGACGCCAUCUUCUUAGUGAGGGAGUGUAGCGAGCAUGCUGGCUAGUCACACAUCAACGGCUAGCUGUGCGUCGCGGAGGAUGAUGACACGAUGUGUCUUGCUGCCAGGCCAUGACCUUCCAUGACAUAGUGAGGCAGUGUGUCCCCUUGGUGCAGCACACAGCACACACCACACACCAGGAGAGGCACCCACUUCCCAAAAGUAUUUGUAGCCUAAUCUGAGCCUCAUUGUCAGCCUGUGGUGUGAUGCAGUGUGUCUGCCACAGGUGUCACCACAGCUCUGGGAGACACGUGCAUAGUGAACACUAGUGCCACAGUGCCACUGCUCCAACUGAUCACUAGUGCUCUAUUAUGUACAAAGUCCUUAAUACUACUCUUAACACAUUGCCACUGCUCCAACUGAUCACUAAUGCUCUACUAUGUACAAAGUCCUUAAUGCUACUCUUAACACAGCCCAGAGUGUACUCAGUGCUAGGGUUCACUGUGGCACUGUGGCACUGUGCCACUGUGUUAUCUAUUGGAGGGCACACUGAGCAAGGCGGCGGUCUGUCUGCCUGUUUAUUUAGCGGGACACCCACAUGAGAGGGUACCCAGGUGAAAUGGACCGUGGCACCACCACUUUCUAGGGCGUGGAUGAGAUCAAGGCACUUAUAAACUAGGCACGGGUUCUCAACCUGGGGCACGCUUACCCCCAGGGGUACUUGAGAGGAAUUUUUGGGGUACGUGGCAGGUUUCUCUAAAUACUUCAGUUUUGAAUAACUGCAAAUUUGUUUGUAUACAAUGUGGCCUACAUGUGCUAGGUUGGAUGUGUCCUUCACUAGAACCGGGACACGUUAGCAACGUUAACAAGGAAGACCGUCAGGUCACUCCUUUGUGAUCUGGAUGUUGUCAUCCCCGAAGACGAGGAUGUUCCUGGUCCCCCGCCGUGGAUGCUGCCUGUCCCUGUGGUCCACUACACUCCCACUUCAACCACGGCUCACCCUGUACUACAACGACAACUGGCACUGGAGACUAUAGCUCAGGUGUCGUCUUCCCUUCCUGUGCCUCGUCUCUACACCGAUGGCUCCGUUCAAGCCGAUGGACGGGCAGGGUGUGCAAUCUUCUCCCCAGACACGGACGCUCCGCCUAGAGGCUGGAUAGGCCGACAUCUCCCAGAGUACUCCAGUUCCACCUUCUGCGAGCUCUAUGGCAUCUUCGACGCAGUCACCCUUCUGUGCCAGCGUGGACUCAGUGCGAUGGUUAUCUGUGACUCUAAGUCUGCCCUUCAGUCCUUUUCAAGUACUAACCCACGCUGCACUGAGAUUGUACGUCGUAUCUUGUCUUUUUUGGCCUUGAGUCGUCGUAGGGCUGGCUCUCAGUGUUACCUUUGUGUGGAUUCCUUCUCACAUUAAUAUCUUCUGUAGUGACAGAGUUGACGCCCUUGCUAAGGCAGCCUGCACUUUGCAUUCUCCAGCGGCUGGCGUCAGGCCCUCCCUCUCGUGUGCCCUGACCUGCAUCAAAGCUGCUGCCCUUCGCUCCAUCGACCAAAUCCGGGACCGCCAGAGGGAAGAAAGUAUUACCAUCCGGCACUAUGACUCCUUUCACCUCCACAAUUACAAGUAUCGUCGCAAAGGAGUCAUGGUACGGCGGCAUAAUGUGGUGUCCGCCAGGCUCCGCCUCGGUUACAGGCCGGUGUGAUAGGUCGCUGGCCUGCCAGACGUACCUCACUUCUCUUCCUGCCCCAUGUGUGGUGCCCUCGACAGUAACACCUUGGAACACCAUUGUUUCCAUUGCCCCUGAGGUCGAGGGUCUGCUGCCCAGACGUGUUCCGCUUGUUGAGGUGUGUCGUCACCUCCUGAAGGGGAAUACCUUGGACGUCGUCCUCGCGCGGUUCCCGAAGUUUGGCGGAUGCUGAAGCUUCAUAUUAUCACUGUUUUGUUUCCCUGUUUUACACCUGCUUUAUAUUUUUGUACUUUGUAAAAUUUGUACUUUUUCUAAGUUUUGCAAUGUUUCUUUGUAUUUCAUUUUCGUUUUCUGUAUUCGUACUUAAUCUUUUUUCUAUUAUUGUAUUAUUGUUUUUGUUACAAUUUGUAUAUUUGUAAUUGUUUUGGUCUGACGCUUUUGAGCGCAAUAAAUGAAAUAAAAUAAAAUAAAAUCUUGACUGUGUUCA